UUCAGCUUGUGACAACAGACGGACACUUCUUCACGGGGAACAUUUGAAAAAAAUACUUCAGGACUAAAGGAAUGAAAUUAUGCUGGAGCGAGUUCCUAAGGGAAAUGAUUUAGGAAGACGUACUAAACGGUGCAUGACAAGACAGUAUCCAACCAAGAGCUGUCCAAGGUAUCCGAAACGAAGCUCAUAGUGCGAGCUUUGCGGAACGUUGAUCCCUGGCACACAGAGACUCAAUGACGUUGACUCCGUGGCUCAAGCUGACUCAGUUCGGCCUGCUGACAGCAUGUACGUACACGUGGCUCCUACUGGUUCGGGGCUGCGGGCCGGGUCCUGGCUAUGGCACCCGCCCUAGACACCGCAGUCCCACACCUAUGGCCUACAAGCAAUACUUCCCCAAUUUCUCGGAGAACAACCUUGGCGCGAGCGGCAGGGCAGAGGGCAGGAUCACGCGCAAUUCGGAACGCUUCAACGAACUGGUCUGUAACUACAACCCUGACAUUAUCUUCAAAGACGAGGAAAACACCAAGGCUGACCGGUUCAUGACCAAGCGUUGUAAGGACUGCUUAAACAAGCUUGCUAUAGCUGUGAGGAACCAGUGGCCUGGGGUUCGACUGCGCGUUACUGAGGCGUGGGACGAAGACGGUCACCAUCCCCCUGAUUCUCUGCACUACGAAGGCCGUGCCGUAGAUAUUACAACCUCAGACCGGAAUUUAAGCAAGUACGGCCUCCUGGCACAGUUGGCGGUGGAAGCUGGAUUCGACUGGGUGCAUUAUGAGUCCAGGAAUCACGUGCACUGCUCUGUCAAAGCUGAUCACUCUGUAGCAGUAGAAAAAGGAGGCUGUUUCUCUGGAUCGGCGCAGGUGAACGUGCCCGAGGGAGGCCUGAAACCCCUCACAUCUCUGCGGCCCGGGGACAAGGUGCUUGCCCUGUCUGACUCAGGCCAGGUUGUUCACAGUCAGAUUCUCCUGUUCCUCCAUCAGGACUGCGAGAGCAGAUCCACUUUCCUGAUUCUGGGCACAGAAGAUGGGCAACGGCUUGCUCUUACUCGCAAUCAUCUUAUCUUUGUGGCGCCCUGUCGGAAACUCCACCACACAGAGUACCGCGCUAAGUUUGCCAGCAGAGUGAAAAGGGGAGAGUAUGUGCUCAUUCCUGGGAGGGAUGGUGGCGUUAAGCCGUCUCAGGUAGUAUUUAUAUCGCUAGAAGAGAGGACAGGGGUUUACGCUCCACUGACGGCACAUGGAAACCUAUUUGUGGAUGGAGUAUUGGCCUCCAGCUAUGCUUUAAUAGAAGAUCAUGUGCUUGCACACUGGGCUUUUGGUCCUCUUCGUUUCCUGCUCUAUGUUGUUCAAUUAAUUGUGGGAGAGUCUUCGCAAGGGCAGAACAUGAUAGAGACGCAUUCAAGUGAUUCGGUGGUUCACACGACUUGCCUUCCACACCAGGGCUUUCUCAGAGAGCAGGUGAAUCAGCCCCACUGUACUUCAGGUGUAUGUCGGAACUGUGAGAGAGCAAACAGUGAAAAGAGGAACAUUUCCCAUUCAUCGGCAGACAGAGGAAUGAGGCACUAUGAAUGUGUUGGUGAUAAAGCUGGAAAAGUUCACUGGUAUGCACAGCUUUUGCACAUUCUUGGGCGCGUGUUUCUAGACCCACGGAAGUUUUAUGCAUGACAGCCUAAGAUCUGCGACCUCUAAAGACUCCACUUCAGUUUACCUUUUGUUAAUGACAGUUCUCAUCUUAUUAAAAUCUAAUAAAAAGAAAACACUAAAUGGUAUAAUUAUUAUAUUACUAUAUCAUAAAGAAUUAAGUUUCAUUUUUUACAACACUGUAUGCUAUAAUGAAAUAAGAAAUUUCACUACAUAACCCAGCUGAUAU